AUGGUGGGGAAGAUCUUGCUGCGCCAUAAUUACAUUCCGGGUUCCGGACUCGGAGCACGUGGGCAAGGGAUCAACCGCCCAAUCGAGAUCGAAGAGUACAAGAACAGGAGGGGACUCGGUUUUCGCCCUUCCUGCCACGAGAUUAUUGAAGCCCGUAGAGGCAAGCGCCUCCACCGUCUCGCAGCGUACUACGGGAAGAUCAACAGGGGCACCCCAGUUCCGCCACUCUCCCACUUCUUUUCAGGAUCACAGCACAUCGUCGGAGGUACUCUUGACGGCCCCUCCUCGGAUUUAGACGACGCGCUUGUCGAUCUGCCAGGCAUAUACGCCGUCACCGAGGAGACUCCUUCAGGGGUCUACAUCCGCCUCGCGCAGGAGAAUGAGGAGCUCAACAACUGGACCUCAAUAGAGGAGAGUUUGCACCGCCUCGAGAACCGUCAACUCACCUCAGUUGAGCCAACAGAAGAAAUCAACAUAGGCACUGAAGAGGAACCUCGCACGCUAAAGAUCGGGACGGGCCUCGAUCCAACACAACGAGCUCGGAUGAUCGAUUUCUUGAAGGAGUACCAAGAGGUCUUUGCCUGGUCCUACGCCGACAUGCCGGGCUUAGAUCCGUCGAUAGUCAAGCACUCUCUCCCACUCGAUACAGAGAACUUCCCGCCCAAACGGCAACACCUACGGCGGCAGCGAGCCGGCCUUCUCCUCCGCAUCAAGGAGGAGGUCGUCAAGCAGAUAAAUGCGGGAUUCCUAGAAGUCUGCAAUUACUCUGAAUGGGUGGCAAACAUCGUGCCCGUGGAGAAAAAGGACGGAAGGGUCAGGGUUUGCGUCGACUAUCGGGACCUCAACAAGGCUAGUCCUAAAGACAACUUCCCUCUGCCUCACAUCGACGUCUUGGUCGACAACACCGCGCGCCACAAUCAGUUCUCCUUCAUGGAUGGCUUUUCGGGGUAUAACCAAAUCCGGAUGGCUGAAGACGACAAGAUCAAAACGACUUUCAUCACGAUGUGGGGCACGUUUUGCUACAAGGUCAUGCCCUUCGGGCUCAAAAAUGCCGGGGCAACCUACCAACGGGCAAUGGUUACGCUCUUCCACGACAUGAUGCAUAAGGAGAUCGAGGUCUACGUCGACGACAUGAUCGCAAAGUCCAAGGAGGGAGAGGAUCACCUCGUCAAUCUGAGGCGUCUCUUCGAACGUCUCAAGAAGUACAAGCUUAGGCUCAACCCGGCCAAGUGCACAUUCGGCGCGAAAUCCGGAAAACUGCUAGGAUUUGUGGUCAGCGAACGAGGCAUCGAGGUCGAUCCUGACAAGGUGAAAGCGAUUAGGGAGUUACCUCCGCCAUCAACAGUGCGCGAGGUACGGAGCUUCUUAGGACGACUGAACUACAUCGCGCGUUUCAUCGCGAACUUAUCAGAUAAGUGUCAACCCCUCUUCCGGCUGCUUCGUAAAAAUGCAGCAAUUGAAUGGGACGACGAUUGUCAGAAGGCCUUUGACGAUAUUAAGACAUACUUAGUUCAGUCGCCGGUGUUGGUCCCGCCCACGCCAGGUCGACCUCUCAUUCUUUACCUGACGGUGCGCCGGCAAUCAUUGGGGUGCAUGCUGGGACAAGAAGAUGAGUCCACACGCGCAGAACAUGCCAUCUACUAUCUGAGCAAGAAGUUUACUGAAGGGGAAUCCAAUUACCCGGAGAUUGAGAAGAUGUGCUGCGCACUGGUGUGGGUCAUGCAGAGACUUCGACAGUACACCCUCUAUCACACUAUCCGCUUGCUGUCGAAAGCGGAUCCCCUGAAAUAUCUACUUGGUAGCCCAUCCUCCAUGAGGAACAUUGCAAAGUGGCGCUGUCAACUGACGGAGUACGACAUCGAGUAUGUGCCCCGCACAUCAGUCAAGGGGCAAGCAAUUGCAGACCAUUUGGCGGAAUUUCCCAUCGAGGAUGACACGCCGAUCAACUCCGACUUUCCAGACGAAGGGAUCCUCCGAGUAGAUGAGGAGGAGGAUGGGACCGCGUGGAAGAUGUAUUUCGACGGCGCGGUGAAUUCCACCGGUUCUGGUAUCGGCGCAGUGCUGAUAUCCCCGGACGGACGUUAUUACCCGAUUGCAGCAAAAGUUAAUUUUCUCUGCACCAAUAAUGUGGCCGAAUACGAGGCAUGCAUCCUUGGCUUGCAAGCAGCGAUUGAUUUCAAGGUGAAGGAGCUAGAAGUGUUCGGAGAUUCAAUGCUCACAAUCUUCCAAACGUUAGGGCAAUGGAAGACGAAAGACGCAAAGUUAGUACCAUACCACGAGUAUCUCGAGGAGUUAGCGGAGAACUUCGAGAAAAUCUCGUUCACCUACACGCCACGUAUCAAGAAUCAGUUUGCAGAUGCACUUGCGACACUGGCAUCAAUGGUGAGCAUCACAAAAGAAAACCUCAUCGAGCCACUUGAGAUCGAGAUUGCCAAAGGCCCGGCUUACUGCGACACAAUCGAGGCGACCGAUGAACAGCCAUGGUACGAAGACAUCAAACAUUUUCUGCAAACUGGCCAAUACCCGACAUUUGCCAACCGUCGGGACCGGAAAACACUUAGGCGACUCACAGCGCAUUACUUCCUGAGCGGAGAGACUCUCUACCGCCGUUCCUUCGACGCCACGCUACUCCGGUGUGUUGACGAAAACGAGGCACAACGCCUCAUGGGAGAGAUACAUGAAGGGAGUUGUGGACCCCAUAUGAGCGGUCUCAUGCUCACCAAGAAACUCAUGCGCCUAGGUUACUUUUGGUCCACCAUGGAGGCCGACUGCGCCAAACACGUCAGACACUGCCACUUGUGCCAGGUCUAUGCCGAUCAGAUCAAAGCACCCCCCAAUGAGCUACGCCCGAUGGCGGCCCCGUGGCCCUUUUCAAUGUGGGGCAUUGACGUGAUCGGCCCUAUCAAUCCCAAAGCAUCCAAUGGACACAUGUUCAUUUUGGUGGCAAUUGACUACUUCACCAAGUGGAUCGAGGCCAUAACGCUCGCUUCGGUCACCGCAAAUGCCGUGGCACGUUUCCUUAAGCGCGACAUCAUCGCCCGAUAUGGAGUCCCCGAAACAAUCAUCACCGACAAUGCUAAGAACCUGAACAACAGGAUCAUCGAUGAGCUUUGUGAGCGAUUCAAAAUACACCACCGCAAUUCCACACCAUACCGUCCCCAAAUGAACGGUGCGGUGGAGGCUGCGAACAAAAACAUCAAGAGGAUCAUCGAGAAAAUGACGGUGACCUAUAAGGAUUGGCACGAGAUGCUCCCUUUUGCGCUCUUGGCAUAUCGAACGUCCAUCCGCACUUCAACCGGGGCAACUCCGUACUCCCUAGUCUACGGCAUGGAAGCAAUCCUCCCAAUCGAAGUGGAGAUUCCCUCCAUGAGGGUCCUCGCCGAGUCCAAGCUCGAAGAAGCAGAAUGGGCGAAGCAGCGCUACGAACAGCUCAAUCUCAUUGACGAGAAACGGCUAACAGCGCUCUGCCACGGUCAAUGCUACCAACAAAGAAUGGCUCGAGCGUUCAAUGCAAGGGUUCGCCACCGCGAAUUCCGCCCCGGUGAUCUCGUCCUACGAAAGGUCUUGCACAUCACACCUGACUCUCGGGGCAAGUUUGCAUACAAGUAUGAUGGACCUUUCGUCGUCAGGGAAGUCUUCUCCGGAGGGGCAAUUAUCCUAAGCGAUAUGGACGGGACCGAAAACGCACUCCCGGUCAAUGCCGAUGCCCUUAAGAAGUACUACCCUUAAUGGCCUCUUUGUCAUCCGGCGGUUUCUUUGUGUUCUCGGAGGUUUCAGGCUACCGUCCAGGCCCUUAUC